CCAACAGCAAACUGCUGCUUCCGCACUGCUUCCUUGUUUAUUAGUUUUAGGGAAAACAGUACCUUUUGGGGCGAAAAAGAUUAGUUUUCUCUCUCUGGAAACAUCGAGAACUCCUCCGCAAGAUCUCCGACUACUCACUGAAAAGGAGGGAUUCAGGAUCUGAGUUUCACCACAACAAGUCUGACUUCAGGUUUUGGUCUGAAUGGCCACAGCUGCUGAGGAGCCUCCAGGGCUGCAGGGCCUCUCUGGUAAUUCAACCGGGAUUCGAAAAAAUGCUUCUCCCGAGAGUCCGAGCACCAGUAUGUCCCCAGCCAUGAAAAAAACUAUCGGCCAUCGUGGAAUUGAUCCCACUGGGGAGACGACGUACAAGAAGACAACAUCAUCGGCCCUGAAAGGUGCUAUCCAGUUAGGCAUCACGCACACGGUGGGCAGCUUAAGCCAGAAGCCUGAGAGAGACGUGCUGCUGCAGGACUUUGAAGUGGUGGAAAGCAUCUUCUUUCCCAGUGAGGGCAGUAACCUGACACCAGCUCACCACUAUGGAGACUUCAGGUUCAAGACGUACGCUCCAAUGGCCUUCCGCUACUUCAGGGAGAUGUUUGGCAUCCGGCCUGAUGACUACAUGUACUCUCUGUGUAACGAGCCGCUGAUCGAGCUGUCGAACUCCGGGGCCAGUGGAUCUCUCUUCUACCUCUCCAGUGAUGAUGAGUACAUCAUUAAGACGGUGCAGCAUAAAGAGGCAGAGUUUCUGCAGAAACUGCUUCCAGGAUACUUCAUGAACCUGAACCAGAACAAAAGGACCUUAUUACCAAAGUUUUAUGGGCUCUACUGUGUCCAGGCAGCGGGUAAGAACAUCCGUAUUGUAGCCAUGAACAAUCUGCUCCCGAGCGCAGUACAAAUGCACCUCAAGUUUGACCUAAAGGGCUCCACCUACAAGCGACGGGCAUCAGCUAAGGAGAGGGAAAAGGCCGUGCCCACGUACAAGGACCUGGAUUUCAUGCAGGACAUGAGUGGUGGGCUGUUAUUGGAGGGGGACAAAUACAGUGCUGUUUGCAAGACCAUCCAGAGAGACUGUCUGCUUUUGCAGAGUUUUAAAAUUAUGGACUACAGCCUUCUGGUGGGAAUCCACAAUGUAGAUCAGGCUUGUCGAGAGCAGGCCAGUGAGGAGGCGGUGGCCGGGGCUGCGGACCAAAGGAGGCCACAAGGUCAAAAGUCCCUGUACAGCACUGCUAUAGAGGCCAUCCAAGCUGAGACAGGGAGAAUGGGAUCCCAUGACACAGAGGACAAAACUGGAGGAAUCCCUGCACGAAACCCAAAAGGCGAGAGGCUGCUGGUGUAUAUUGGUAUCAUUGACAUUCUGCAGUCCUACAGAUUAGUAAAGAAGCUUGAACACUCGUGGAAAGCUCUGGUUCACGAUGGAGAUACUGUAUCAGUGCACAGACCGAGUUUCUACGCAGAGCGAUUCCAGAAGUUCAUGUGCAGUGUUGUUUUUAAGAAGAUCUCAUUAAAGACCUCUCCGUCUAAGAAGCGCCGUGCAGUGACACAUGGUCCUUUGAGAAAGACACCGGCCUCUGGGCCUCCUCUGUCGACCCAAACCAGCACCACCAGCAGCCAGCACUAUUCACUCCAACAGCAAGUCAGCACUGAGACCAAAGAAGACACCGAAGGAGACACUGCCAUGCAGUCAGGUCGUCCUGACCUCCUCCCAAAGACCUUACCGCUCAGCGAUGCUGUUGGCAACGCUACUGAAACCACCAUCUCCUCCUCCCCCUCCUUGGGAAACCCUGGAUUUGCUCCCACAAGUCAGUCUCCGCCUCAGUCUCAGGACACCAGCAAGUCAGUGGGUGUGGAGUUGAACAGCACAAUGAGCAAAGAACAGGAGCACAGCACGCCCAAGAGAGCUCAGUAUGAAGAAAGUAUCGGUUCCGAGGAUGUGAUCUCGCUCAGUGACAUCGUUCCUAAUGCAAACAAAUGCUCUGUGUAGAUGUGGGGAAGAGAUAUAAGUUCAACCAAACUCAACUCAAACUUGGAGGAUUUUAUGGGCAUGGAUGAAAUGUUACAACCCCCCUUUGGUGUGACUUGAGGUACCACAAUUGAAAAAGAUGUUUCAGCACAACCAAGUGGGAUAUUCAGUGUUUUUUGUUGUUGUUUUUGCACUUUGAUUUCUCAGCAUGGUAUGAGCAUGUAAGUGGGUGGUUGUGUUCUGACACUAGUGAUUGCGGGAACAGUAACAUUGUGCUUAUCGAACACUAUUAUUCAUCUCAUAGGAAUGCUUCUCUGCACAACCAAAGAUUGUUGUUUUUUGACACUGAUGUGCUCAACUCAGCCAGCAUUCAAUGUAGAGUCCAACAUGGCGACUUUGCCUUAUUUGAGAACAUCUUUUUUUUAAGCGUUUUUAUUUUCAAUAUUUGCCUUUUUUGUAAUUAAGUCCUUUUUUUUACCAAGUUGUUGUAGCAUGUAUGCAUACUUGGCUCUAUAAAUUUCGGUCUCAUCACCCAAAGGCCUGAGCCAAACGUAUUGUUUCAGCUACAUGGUAGACUUCAAUGCUUUAAAGGCAAAGUUCACCCUAAAAUCAGAAAGACCUAUUUUUCCUCUUACCUCUAUUUAUCAGUUUAGAUUGUUUUGGUGAGAG